GCUCAAUCGAUCAAGAAGAACGGCAGCAUAUGUCUGGCCGCGUGGCCAUUUCAAGCACCAUUUGCGCUGCUCUUGUCACGUGGGUGCUCUUGCUUGCCCUUGAAUCGUCAGGAGCUCGAGACAAGUUCGUUUGAAAAGAACGCAAAUAUGAGAUUAAAUGUAGGAGUGGCCUAUUUUGCUUGGGAUAUUCAAUAGUUUAGGCUGUCUCCUAACUUAUUUACCUUAAGCAUCAUCCGUCAAUUGCUAGUGGUGAGGAAAGUUUGGUUCACUAAGGAUUUAGGGAGGCGCGACCAGGCAUUUGGGUUUCGGAAGCCAUGCCAAUUCAAAAACACUUCAACCCUUCCAAAGUUCCAAGAUCACUCCGAAUUCACAAACAUGAGGCCUCACCAAAGAAAGCCCACAACAGGCCGACCAGACAAAAAUGCAGCCGAUACAGAAGAUCCAAACCUGCCCAUAUUCUUCUUCAUGCCCAGAGAGCCUCCCUACAGCAUCUUCUGCCAAUGGGAAGCUACGCCAUUCACAGUUCCUCGCGAAAGCCUCACCUGGCUCCGCGCAGCACACCCAGCUUAUGCAGAUUCAGCAUUGUCUCAGCCGCCACCAUCCUCUUCUGAACAGCUUUCUGUAGAAAUGGACUUCGAUUGCGCCGAGCAAUUCAUGAUGUUCUGCAAAGCAGUAUAUUUCCACGACAAGAUCUCCGGGAAUCACAUCAUGGAUACCAACGAUCCCUCACUACAGAAGAAAUACGGUCGAGCUGUCAAAGACUUUACGGAUUUCAUGUGGAGACAAUCAUGCGAAAGGGUUGCAUUUGAAGGGAAUUGGUGGAAGUUUGCAAGGGAUGAGGCCAGGCGGAGUUUUCUGCUGGGGACUGGUGAUAGGAUGAUUUGUGAGGCGAGUUCGAUGGAUCGGAGGUGGGGGAUUGGGUAUAAAAAGGAUCGUGCAAUGCGAUAUAGGGGGAAUUGGGGAGAGAAUUUGUUAGGGAAAGCGAUCAUGCAGGUUAGAGCGCACUUGCGGAAAAGAGUCAGGCAGAUUGAAAUUGAAGGGAGAGAUCCUGGCGAAUGGGAGUUGCCUGGCAACGAGAUGUGGGUUGUGAAGGAUGGAAUCACAACUGCGAAGUGAGGUGGGGUAAUGUUUCUGAAGCAGUGCUUGACUAGGAGGAGGAAAAUUAAUUCUUCCUUUAUUCUUGUGCAGCUUGGACUGCUCAGGAAGUGGUGGUUCAUAGGGAGGUGGAGAUUUUGCUGCAAGAACCGGAUAGUUAUGCGACGUUGAGGGGUCUACCUUAAGAAAGAGGCAGUGAUCCAUAACUUCGUAAGCUAGUCUGUCUGACCGGUAAGAUUAGUUAAUAGACUGGCGUGAUUCGAAUUCCUCUAGGGAUAUCGUGAGAAUCACGGUUGUGCGCACUGUGAUUGUGACCAAGGAACGUAA